AAUGGUGUUAUAGUAGGCGGGGCGUAACCAUAGUGACUGCUGCUAGCAAGGGGAGGCCACUAGCGGCUUGUAUCGGAGGUAGCAGGUGUCAGCAGUAAACAAACUGGCAGCAGCUAGCAAGAAGGUCUCAGAACAAUCAAAAGUGAGGCUCCAACAAACUAGAUGGUGAUGGUGAGAGGUAGAGCGCUGACCCAUGGCACUCUGGUUCUGCUCAGUCUGUGGCUGUGCAUACACUCAGUGCCCAUCAAUGUGGACAAGAGCAAAGAGAAGGUCCAACAGGAAGAGGUCGAGGCCCCAGAAGGCUUUAACUCAGGGCUGCAUUAUGACCGCUACCUCAGGGAGGUCAUCGAGUACCUGGAGAAAGACCCUCACUUCAGGGAAAAGUUAAAAAACACCAACAUGGAUGAUAUCAAGCACGGCAAACUAUCCAAAGAGCUGGACUUUGUCCACCACAGCCUGCGCACCAAACUGGACGAGCUGAAGAGGAAAGAGAUGACCAGGCUGCGGAUGCUCAUUAAAGCCAAACACGACAUGGCGGCAGGAGAUGGCUGGAAAGUGGAUCACCAGGCCGUGUUGAAACAGUUUGAGCACCUCAACCACGACAACCCGCACUCGUUUGAGCCCGAGGACUUGAACCGCCUCAUCCAAUCGGCUACAAAGGACCUGGAGAACUUUGACAAGGAGCGCCACGAUGAGUUCAAGCGCUACGAGAUGAUGAAGGAGCAUGAGAGGAGGGAGAAGCUGAAGAUGAUGAAUGAGGAGGAGCGGAAGAAGGAAGAGCAGCAUUUCAACGAUAUGAAGAAGAAACACGCCGAUCACGUCAAAGUCAACCAUCCUGGAAGUGAGGACCAGCUGAAGGAGGUGUGGCAGGAGGCUGAUGGUUUGGACCCGGAUGACUUCAACCCAAAGACCUUCUUCAAAAUGCACGACAGCAAUGGGGAUGGUUUCUUUGACGAGAACGAGCUGGAAGCCCUCUUCGCUAAAGAGCUGGAGAAGGUCUACAACCCGGACAAUGAAGAAGACGACAUGGUGGAGAUGGAGGAGGAGAGACUGCGGAUGAGAGAGCAUGUGAUGAACGAGGUGGACACCAACAAAGACAGACUGGUAUCACUGAGUGAGUUCCUGGCAGCCACAAAUAAACAAGAGUUCCAAGAAAAGGAAGAGUGGGAGACGUUGGACCAAAACCCCUUAUUCACCGAGGAGGAGCUGGCAGCAUACGAGCAACAGCUGGUCAAAGAGGAGAAGAUCAUCAUCGACAAAGCAGCCGACCUGCAGAAGCAGAGGGAGGAGCUCCAAAAGAAGCAGGAAGAACUCGACACUCAGAAGCACCAACUUCAACAGGCCGUGGACGAUCUGCAGAGGAGGAAAGUCCAGGUUGAGGACAAAGCAUAAACCUGGAUGAGGAUCAUCCAGCAACAAGACCCACCUGUGCCUGGACUGUCUCAACGGGCCUUAAUAGCAGGGAGUGUGCAUGUGUUUCUUACCUGCAACGUUAUGUCCUCUCAAUGUGUUUGAAUCCCCACUGGAUGAAUAUAGAUGGGCCAAAAUAAGCCUAUAUGGCAGGGGUGUCCACAAUGCAGCCCGAGGGCAAAUAUCAGUGCUCUAUCAUUAGAAAAUGUUCUAUACAUAAAAAAAAUAUGGGGAAUAAUUAUUGAAAUUUAAUAGCCUGGCUUUUCUGGACCUACACUGGAGUGGUUUUAGUGCGUUUAAUACAAAAUACAAUCUUAAGAUUUGUAUGCAGCCCUCAGUGGAAGGGGAUUAAAUCUGUUUUCUGUCUACUGCUGUCCGCACACUCAGAGGAAUUUAUUUGAGUCAGAGUAUUUAUUUUGUCAGGUUUAUUUACUGUAAAAGUUCAUUUGCAUAUGCCAAACUAUACAUCUUUUAAUUCAGCUUCCAUCUGGCUUUGGUCAGGCGUUUACGUUUCCCUAAAGUGGAAUUAAAAAUAUUUCUACCGCUGUUGUCAUGACAACCACAUCACUCUUUAUGUACUUUAUUAACAAUAUUUGCGAUGAGUGUGUAUUUCUGAUGUCUAAACUUGAAUGUUGGCUUCCUGUCAUACAUUCCACCACAUGAUGUGAAUAAAGUGAGUGAGCCUGCAA